CCAAACCGCUAAACGCGCGCCUAUAAAACCGCCGUCCUCCAAACCCCCGCACGGCCACACCGUACCUCGCUUCCUCUCCCUUCCCCUCCGACGCUUCGAUCGCCUCCGGCCCUCCGCUCCGCACCCCAAACAAGCCCUCAUGCCGGCGGGUGAGAUGGCAAUGCCCGCCGCGGUGGCGCGGUUGCGGGAGCUGGCGCCGGCGCCAGGGGCGGAGGUGGAGCUGGAGCUCGACGCCGCCGGCGCGGCCGCGCUAGCCGAGUGCUGCGCGGGGCUCCUCCGCGCUGCUGGCGGCGGCGGCGGAGACACCGACGCCGGGGCCACACGCGUGGCGCUCGAGGCGCUCUGCGCUGCAGGCGUAGGGGGAGCGAUGCGUCGCCAUGCCGACGGGCUCGCGCCGCUAGUCGUCGCGCGCCUCGGCGACGGACACGCGGCUGUGCGGGAGGCCGCAAGGAGGUACCUCGUGCUGCUCAUGGAGAUGAAGGAGAUGAAUGCAAGAACGGAAAACACAGAGCCAAAUUCCUGCAUGCCAGAUGACCAACACGUUCACUAUACGACAAUCGAAAUGGAAUCUUCUAGUAGCAGUCAAGCAAGAAAAAAUUCCAAAGAGAAGAUCAGCACAAGAGAUAUCUCACUUCUUGCAGGAGAAAGAGAUAUUACAAGAAAAGUAGUCGAACCUAUAAAGGUUUUCUCUGAGAAGGACCUACUAAGGGAGAUAGAAAAAGUAGUAUCUACUUUGCAGCCAGAUAAUGAGUGGUCAAUCCGGAUAACUGCAAUGCAAAGAGUGGAGGGUUUAGUGCUUGGAGGUGCUGCAGACUAUUCAGCCUUCCCCAUGCUCCUAAAACAGCUGGUGACCCCUCUAAUAACUCAGCUUCUGGAUAGGAGAUCGAGCAUUGUAAAACAGGCAUGCCAUUUACUAAACUUCCUAUCGAAAGAGUUACUACGCGACUUUGAACCAUAUGCAGAGCUGCUUAUUCCGGUCCUUCUUAAGAAUGUCGUGAUCACCAUCCUUGUAAUUGCUCACUCUGCUGAUAACUGUAUAAAAGAGAUGUUAAGGAACUGCAAGGUAGCUCGUAUACUACCAAGGAUUAUUGAAUUUGCAAAGAAUGAUAGAAGUGCUAUUCUUCGUGCCAGGUGUUGUGAAUACGCAAUACUAAUGUUAGAGUGCUGGGUUGAUACUCCAGAAAUACAGAGAUCAGCUGACCUGUACGAAGACCUUAUAAAAUGCUGUAUAGCAGAUGCAACUACUGAGGUACGGUCAAGUGCAAGGGCUUGCUACAGGAUGUUCUCAAGGAUAUGGCCUGACCGUUCACAUCAGCUGUACUCAUCUUUUGAACCAUCCAGACAAAAAAUGAUAAAUGAUGAAGAUGCUGAGACACCUCAAAGGCAUCUUCCUCCAGUUAAAUUAGGGCAGCCUCAACCUAGUUCUUUCAUUCCAGCUGUAAUAGAUAAAGUUGUUAAGGUCGAUUCUGGGACAUCAUUUUCUUCUGGAGAUGUGCAACCAUCAGACAGACUUUACCUCCAGUGUGAUGAUAUGACCUCAAAAGACCCAGAUGAAGGCAAUAAGGAUGACACUUUGACUACUGGAAGUUCUUUUGAGGAUAAGAUCACACUAAGAAAAGUAGAAACUACAGACAGAGAUACUGAGAAAUAUGAUUCAGGCAACAGUGCAGGUGUCAAUUCAUCAGCUUGUGACCCACCAACUGCCACUCCCAUUACAACAGAAGCACCUUCAGAAAUGUCACUGAAUGAUGCAGCUGUUGUAACAAUUGUUCAAGAUAAGGCUGAAUGCAGGCUGAAUGUUGAACCAAUAACUCAGCAAGUUCAAGGACGAGAAGAUCCUUCUGAAUUGACGUGCCUGCCACCUGCAGUUAACUCGAAAGGUCCAGGGAACCUGCUAAAGGAAAAUCCUGUUGAAGUAAGUUCUGGUGCUGGAUCAAGUGGAAAAGUAGGAACUCAUAAGAAGAGUGCUGUUUCUAAGGAGCCACGUGGUAGUUACACCCCUAACUUCCGGCGACCUCUCUUGAGUAAGCAGAUGACAAAUUGGUUUUAUGCCAGUACAAAAAGUGAUAUACAUGAGAAGCAACUCAUUUUGGGAGAAAUGGUCAACAACAUGGAUGUGCCCUCAUCUCUUACAGAGGCACUUUCUUUAGGUCUAAACCCAAUAUCAGAUUGGAUGAUGAAGGUAUAUGCAUUCAGUUUCUUAAGGCAGUGUUUGCUAGAACGUGGAUCAAAAAGCACUCAGGAAGUUGCACAAAAUUUUGAGAAGGUUAUGAGGCUUGUUUGUCGAUAUCUGGAUGAUCCCCAUCACAAAGUGGCACAGGCCGCUCUCUCAUCAUUAGCUGAGAUCAUGCCAGCUUUCAAGAAGCCUUUUGAACAUUAUCUCGACAAGACACUGCCCCAUAUUUUCUCUCGAUUAAAUGAUCCAAAGGAAUCAAUCAAGCAGCAGUGCUUGGGAAUUUUGAAACAUGCAAAUGAAAGUUAUCCCAUUGAUUCUCUUUUACCCGCCUUACUUCGUUCGCUAGACGAACAGAAAUCUCCCAAGUCAAAACUGGCAGUUCUUGAGUUUGCAAAUGCCUCUUUUGUUAAAUGCACAGUCAAUUCUGAAAGCUAUUCUAGCAGCAGUUUCCUUAAGCCAUGGUUGGGGAAGCUUGCCCUUUUGUUUAAUGAUAAAAACAAAAAACUGAAGGAGGUCACAGUGGUUGGUUUCUCAUCUAUUUACUCUCAUUAUGACCCUGAAUCCAUGUUAAGCUUUUUGGUCACAUUGUCAAUGGAAGAACAAAAGCGGCUAAGACGGGCAAUGAUGCAACUAAUACCUACAAUAGAAAGUGACUUCGAAGAGUUCUUGCAACAAAAGAGACAUAAGCAAAAGGCAUCUUUUGAUGGUUUCACUGCUAAAUCACCACUUCAUCCUGCAUCUCAAUCUGCAAAAUCACCCCUGCAUCCUGCUUAUCGAUCUUCCAAAUCACCUGCCCAUCCUCGAUCUGCUAAAUCACCACUUCAUUCUGCAUAUAAAUAUGCUAAGUCACCGCUGCAUCCCUCAUAUCAACCUGCUAAAUCACCGCUGCAUCAAGCAUACCAAUCUAAUUCUGUUAAGACUGAUGAUUGUUUCAGUUCUGCACUCCAGUGUCUCCCAAAUAUAUCUUUGGAAGUCAAGGGGUACCGUACUGAAAGGAUUGAGUUUGAAUCUCCUAAUGAAUCUUAUGGUCACAAAGCUGAAAUGAUGGACAAGAAGUCUUGUACCUUGAGGUCAAGGAAUGAUCUCCGGAGAAGAAUUGACUUUAGUGUGAUAUCAGAUAACAUAGUUCAGAGUGCAAGCAGGGACAGUUGGAGUGCGAAGGUAUUUGAUGAACCAAAUGAUAAUGAACUGCACAUAAAUACCCGAAAAAGCAAAGUUAUGAGGAUGAGGAAUGACAGCCAGGAUCAUGAGAAGGCAGUGAGUCAAUUGGAAGAAGAUUCUGAGACGAAUGGACACCCAGUGCCCACCAAGAAUUUACACCAGAUGUCUUCUUCCCUUCUUGAGAUGCUUGAUGAUCCAGAUGUGCCCACAAGAGAGCUUGCGCUUUCUCUGUUGGUUGAAAUUCUUGAAAAGCACCGAAAGGCGAUAGAGAACUGCAUUGAACUUCUUAUAGUUAAGCUGCUGCAUGCAACCAAAGACGGUGCCUUGAAGGUUGUAAAUCAGGCCCAUAUCUGCUUGACAACUGUGGUCACUCAAUUUGACCCACUGAGAUGCCUUGGGGCCAUAGCUUCUCAGUUGGCCAGCCAGGAUGAGAAAAUUCUUAUUAUAAGCAUCAAUAGUUUGAGCAAGCUUGUGAUCCGAUUAUCAGAGGACAACCUGAUGGCUCAUUUGUCAACGUUUCUUCCUGCACUUCUGGAUGCUUUCGAAAACCACAGUCCAUACGUCCGCAAGGAAAUCUGUUCUUAUUUUUCAUCUCCUCCAAAUUACUUCGGGUAAAAGACUAAAAAGUAAUACUAGGAAUUAUUAGAGGUCAAUUAUUUAGGCAAUACAAUAUACAGGUUGCACUAGAGGAUCGUUAUUGAACAAUUUUGGCAAGGCAAAUCAUCAAUUAAGAAUUCUGCAUUCAAUGUGUGAAGAAAACCAUAAAUUCACUAUAGCAGCGAGCAUCUAAGAGUUGCAGUACCAAUCGGCUUGAAAAAGGCUGGUACAAAAUGGUCAACUUGGUCUGUUCAUGCAAGGGUCCACGGACCACGGGCAAGAAGGCUCUUAUUACUGACCUAUGGACUGCGAUGGCCACAAUAAAAACUGUAAUAAUCAUGCCUUGCUGUCUACUAGCAUAGAAUCAAUGUGUUCAGUCUGAGAACCAGAAAAUUCAGUAGCAUUUCUUCCGCACAUGUUUGGUCUGUUCCUUUCGGUUAGCCGGGCCAUAUCCCUCUUUACUGAACAGAGCUCAGUGCAUGCCUGCACUGCAUGGGGGUAACUUUAUUCGGAUGAUCGGAUCCAGUCAAGAUAGGAGUCAUGCAUGUAAGCACCAGACUGGUGGAGCCCGGUGGUUUCCAUGUAGUAUUCAGUCUGCAUCCUGAUACUACUCUCUCACAUUCAUGCUAUGCUAUGCAUGCUUUCUUAGCAUAUUUGCUUGACUGAAUUGUCUGAAUCUGAAUCCACCACUACCAACCACCUUUUCACCAAGAGAAGAAACAAGGAGCCGUCAUCAGCUAGGACCUGCAGUAGCUUUACAUUUUACCUGAAGCAGCAUUGUACUGUACUUGAAAGUUGAAACCACACACAUACUGACAUAUAUACCAAGUAGUAGCAGUAGUCGUCUUGUAUUUUCUGGAAUGGAAAUAUCUGCAUUUGCUUGCUCCCUCAAUCAAAAAAAGAAAAAGGGAAAUGAUGACAUGAGUUGCUCAUUCCACCCAC